AAGGGCAGAGCACAAAUGGCCAUUUCUUUCAUACAUGUCAUGAUUUAAUUUCUUACACAAAUAUUGAGGCGCAAAGUAGUAGCGGCAUUGGAGGCGGGAAGAAAUGAAUUGGAGCGGCCCCUUUAAGAGUGAAAGUAACAGGCGGUUGGUGCAAUGCAUGCUGGGUUGGGAAGGCGGAGCCGGCCAAUCAGGAGGCGUUCGGAAGCUUGGCUUUUGCUACAUAGUAGGAAACCGACGGGAGAGUUGAAUGGCAAGGAGGUGAAAAGAUGGACCUGGAGAGGCUGCGAAACUUGAACCAGGACCUCUUGCGGAGGCUGAGGACGAACCAAGAGGAGUUCAGGGAACGGGUUCGAGUCAAGCUGUUGCCACCAUCGCAAAGAGCAACUCCUCAAGGCGGGCGGGUCUCGGACAGCAAGGGCGAGAGAGAGAACAGGGAUCGUUUUCCCAAAGACACAACCGAUUCUGCUGUGAUUGUCUCUGUGGAAGUGAGUCCCCAGCUGGCACGGCGCAACUUCACCUCCCCCUCGAAACCCGCUGUGCCCCAGGACGAGCGAGAGGAUCGCCAUCCAGGGCGCUUGUGUCCCGUUACCCUCCAGACUGAGGUGAUCCACGUUCCGUCGGCCGCGGCAUCCGCCGGAUUGACUCGCAAAACCACGAGUGGCGGACGGCCAAAAGGACCGAGGAAGCCCAGGGUAACCACGGGGCACGCGGAGGCAAAAAGGCGUCCUCCAUGUUUGCAUGGCUUGCCGGAGACAGACAGGCCGCAGGCCAGAGAGGAGGCGGGCCCAGGGCGAGCCAAAGAGGGGAGAGGCAGGGCAACAGUUUCUGUGCGGAUGUCACCAGCCCCGAAACCAAUCCUGCUCACGCCCCAAGCCAAGGAAUCUAAAGAGAAAGCGAAGAAGAACUCUGGGCACGUGACGUUCAUGUCUGACCCUGAGGAAUACGCCAUCCCAGCAGAUGACUGGUCGGUCCGCCCUUUCCUGGGGUACGAUUGGAUCGCAGGGCUGCUUGACAUGGACUCCUCCCUCUCUGAGAAACCUGAUCACUACUUCUCAGAGCUGCAGGAAUUCCGGAAGGUGAACCGGGAGGCUUGCAUCUACGACCGGGAGCUGCGAUCAGACGGUCUGGGUUCCUCUGCUCACAAUCGAGAAUCGGACAUGGACCCGGGUUCCCAUCAGUGUGUCUUCUGUUACCGGUUGAAUAAACGCCUUUUUGCGGAGCCCCUGGAUUUGGAGUCUGCCUGCCCCAUCUGCAAAAACCCCAGAGCCCACCGGCCUCCAGAGACUCUGGUGGAGCCUGCUUUCGUCAGGGUCAGCAUCCCGAGAUCAACUUUGCUCCCUGCCUACAAGCACAAGAUCCACCGCAGGAAAAGCUACGAGCCUGCAGACAACCUGGCGUUGCCCUCGCACUGUUUGGCCGGUUGGGAGAACCCUGUUCAAGCUUUCAGCCCCACUCUCAGCAGCCUCGACCUUCACUCAUCCCUGGGGGAUAUGCCACCUGGCCGUACGAAUCGGAGGCAGCUAAUUUCCACUGGAACCCCUGGCAGCCAUGGGUCUGCAUGUGUGACUUACACAAGCAGGCCCGGAUCCGGCACUUUGUCGUGUGGGCCAUGAACAUCACGCUGGACCUCAAGGCCUCCGAGUUUUGGCAAGAGAAGCCUUGCAACUUAGACGACUGCGUCACGUGCUCGGUGGUCGAAUGUCCGGCGAGCGGCGAGCGGUCCGGCUUCAUCCCACAGUUCCGGGGCCUCUCGUCCCCCAAGCCCCACGAAGUCGAGAUUCCUCUCCCUGUCCAUUUGGAAUUCCCUUCCUAUGACAGCCUCCCCGUCGUCGACGACACCGGGGGAAACGGGCAGCCGUAAGACCCAGAGAUGUUGACUUUAAGCAAAGGCGUCACCUAGGACUCCCAUUGAGUUGUCGGGCUCGCUUGAGGAGGGCAGCAGAGGCCUGGACCGCGGCAAGGAGCCGCCCGGACGCCAACUCACCUAGGGCGAUCCUGGGCAGAGAUCCAGGCGAGCCCAUUGCUACAGCCCCUCAUGGGCUCUGUUGGAGUCUUUGGUUGUCAAUAAAGUCAGACUGAAGCAAA